UUCAUACAUACACCACACAAAAGAAAAAGUCUUCUCGUUAAUAUAAAUGAUGAAACACAAUAAUACAUGUCCUUAAACAAGCAACGAAUUUUCGAACCCAUAGUGAUGAUAUAAGUGAAUCUUCCUUGCAGAUUGUGAUAGAUUUCGUAGAUAUCCCACGGUGGUUCAAUUCAAACAAUAGACAUGUCUUUCAGCGAUGAUGGAAGUGACUCUUUCGGUUAUACCGUGCAUCAAAUGCUACUUAGUAAUAAGUUACUUAAUCAUACGGAUUCCAACAACAGCGACAGACAACCAUUUUCAUUCGCAUUGUCAAGUAAGGACAAAAAUUGGAGUGAAAAUGAACGCGAUACAUCAGACUUCAAUAGUGGACUGGCCAAUCAAAUGAAUGUGCUAUCAGAACAAUUGCAACAUGAAGGAUCUGACAUUGACCUUGAGUCAUUGAGACUAGAGGAAGACAUUGACCUUAACUCAUUGAGCCGAGAGGCAGUAGUUGAACUAUACACCCGGCCCAAAAACGGAGCGAUAUAUGAUGAGGUUUGGGGAACCAUUAAGGAAAGAUUAAAAUUUCUGUCAAAGAGUGAUGAGAAUCUCUCAAUUGAUGAGGCCAUUGAAAUAUAUGAUGCAUCAGUUCUCAUGAAGUUUUUAAAAAAAGAUAAAGAUGAGAUCGAGUUGGCGGGGCGGAUGGCUUAUAGAGGUGCGCUUAUGAUGCUUCAAGCAGAAAUUCUAAGCAAGAAAGGGCGCGAAUUACUUGCACAAAGCAAAUUGAAGUUGCAGAUGGCAGACCUUUAAAGUAUGUUUGAGUUGAAAUCUUAAUAAUCUAUUUUAUUCCAUUCCACUCUAUUAAUAAGCAUGUGUUUGAGAUCUUCGAAUGUGUUUUUUUUUUGCAAUAAUAAAUCUUACGGUUAGCACGUGUUUCCCAUAUAUGCAAUCAUAUGGUAGGUAUUAAGGAUUUUCUAUUUGACUUUGAUGAUAGUUUUAGACAGUCAAUAAAACUAGGUGAUGACUCCACUUCGCCA